AUGUCUUGGGUCAACGAAUAUAGAGAGACCAUCAGAUAUCUGUCAAAGGCAGAAGUAAUUGCAGAAAAAAGAGAACUUUGUGGCAUCAUCAAUGGAGACGCCCUCUUCCCUCUAAGUAGCUGGCCGAGAGAUUUGAGGUUGGCGUUCUGGAAAAAGCCCAUCGGCGACAGAGAAACCUUUAAACUUAUUCUGUUUUGCUUGGGCAAUGGUUGCUCCCCGCCCUUGAUAUGCAGAUGGAUCCUCCUUUCUCAGACGUGGGCCCCUAAGAAAGCGGAGAAGAGGGCAAGGCAGCUAGACUUCGUCUUAAAUAAUGCAGAGGCAAAGAGAGGAACAUGGUUCUACUUUGACCUAGACCACAACAAACUUUUGUAUUUAAAUGGAGUGACCGAAACAGUAAUCCCAGCACCAACAAGAUCCAGCAGAAAAACCUUGAAAAUCCAAGAAAAAUCAUAA